GGCAACAUUUGGUCAGCAAUUAAUCGAUUAGUCGAAAGUCGGCCUACACAUCCCUACUCGAGAAGCGGCUAUUUUCACACAACACACGGAUUUUAGGACAUUAGUUAAAGAAAUUAGAAUUUUAAGUAAAAUAAUAAACAAAAAAGCACAAAAAUGUCAUUUAUGAAUCCUGUUGAUAUGGUAGAGGAAGAUGCUGCCGAUUUGCAGUUUCCAAAAGCAACUUCUUCGCACAAGCGAAGGAAAAAGUGUAAAACAAAAAUUAUCACUGCUUUGGUAAAUGUAGACACACGUUACACUGUGGCCACGUACGACCCACAACAAUUGCAGCAAUACUUGGAACAACAGCAAGAGCUGGCUGAAAAAUCCAACAAUGGUCCUGAUGAUGUGUCACAAUGUGCAACAUGUCGCACCAAACUUCAGGAACCCUUAAUACGAUGUGCCGACUGUGAUGAGGAAUUGUGCCUGCCAUGUUUUGCCAAAGGUCGUGAAAUUCGACAGCACAAAAACAAUCAUGCCUAUAUAAUAGUUAAGGAUGACAUACAAAUAUUUCCUGGGCCGGGUUCAUGGACGGCCCGUGAUGAACGUAUUCUAUUGCAGACCUUGGAAACACAGGGCUACGGAAAUUGGGAUGCAGUGGCUAAGGCCCUGCAGUAUCGGCAUGAUGCUGCUGCAUGUCGGCAACAUUAUCAUGAUAAUUAUUUUGGUGGUGUGUUUGAGAAAUUGUUGGGAUUGCAACAUGCCUCGGAGGCAUAUACGCCGCAACAUACACCCUAUGUAGUUAAAAUGAGAUCUGUUGAUCCACCACGACAUGAUGAUAUCACAUCCAUGCAGUUUAAGUUAAUGGCAGGAUAUCGCUGUGCCCGUGGGGACUUCGAUACACCAUACGAUGUGACGGCGGAAAGUUUUCUCACAGCCAUACAAGAAGAAGAGGAACGUAUUAUAGACCCAAGCGAAGAUGAGGCAAGCGAUAUAAACACAGAAGAAUGUUUAGACGAAUUGAAAUUUGCUCUGGUACAGGCCUACAAUCAUCGUUUACAGGAACGUCAACGCCGCUACAAAGUAAUGCGUGAUCAUGGUCUCAUUAUGACCAAUCGUACAAUGGGUUGGAUUACAAAGUAUGCCGAUCCCCUACGUUCCGAAGCAAACUGCAAACGUUUUCUUGCCUUCAUGCAGCUGUGCAAACCCAUGGAAUUUGAUUUAUUAAUAGAGGGCAUGAAAUAUUUUAGUGAUGUACAGAAGGCCAUAUUCCGCCUCUACGAGUUACGGCAAAACGGCGUCCGAAUAAUGUAUGGAGGAUCCUUGUACUUCAAAUUAAAAAAGAAACGCUUGUACGAACAACGAGAACGUCUAAGAAAUGAACGCCAGCUUCAUCAAUACGAUUGGAGAAAGUUGAUACCAUCCGAUACUCAUGUAUUCAAUGAUUCUGUAGGGUCCUAUUUCUUAACACCCACAGUAAAUCCCCUGCCGCGUAAAAAAGCCGGACCAAUGGAUGUUUUCGGUUUACCUGGUUUUGCCAAAUUAAAUGAAGCUGAACGCCAGCUAUGUAGUGUGGCCCGCAUUGUGCCACAAUCGUAUUUAGAUUAUAAAAAUAUAUUAAUAGCUGAAAAUGCCAAAGUUGGUCAUAUACGUUUGGCCGAUGCUAGACGCCUGAUCAAAAUUGAUGUCAACAAAACAAGACAAAUAUAUGAUUUCCUCUUAGAGCAUGGACAUAUUAAUAAACCAAAUUAAAUUAAAA